GGUGCAAGUGUUGGAUUGUUUAAAUUGUAACCGCUAGAGGGAUACAUAUACGCCUUUCAAAACUCCGUAAACACCAUCCUAUCACUAUGUGCCACAGAGAGAAUUGCCGUCAGUGAGAGUUGCCUACCUGUGUGACUUCCCACUUUGAAAAAAAAGCACACUCACUCACACACACACAUACACACAGCCCCGGAACAUUUGAAACAUGAGUUGUUCUUAAAAAGACUUAGAGGGAAAACUGCCUCUAAAGCUGGACGCCGAGCCACGACUCCUCCAAGUGUAUCUGCUCCAGGCAAUCAAUGAGGACCGCGAUGGUUACUACUUCUGCAGCUCUCUGCCCCUCUUUCUCUCAUUCGCCUUAGCACAUAUUAUAGUGCAUUUCAACUUUUGUACAGGCACACAGGAGAGGGGGAAGUUUGGAUUCCUUUUUUAAUUUUUUUGCUCCCAAUUUACCUCUUUGUUUUCUGUAAUAAAUAUGAGAGGUCGCUUUGUUGUCACUUUUCUUUGGGAUUUAAUAUGUGCCAUUUCUUAUGCUGUUUUACGGGUAGGAUAAGGAAACAACAAAAAGGUGUGACAAGAGCUUGGCGGACAACUGUGGAUUUCUGCGAGUAACUCCUACACCGUCCAGAGGGGAUGAGGGGGGCAUCGGCCGGACCCCCCUCUUGAUUGAUUACUUAUUAGUCAUCCCUUUGGCUUAAUGGGAACCCAUUGAAAAGGCAACGUGGAACACACACAUGAAUCAAAUAUUCCUGUGUCCCCUGAAUGUCUCCAGAGUAGUUUUGCUUAAGAGAGGGGGUCGUGGCUUAGCAAUAUAAAGAGGGGAAAACAGCAUAGCUUUAUGGGUUUAUUUAGACAGUUUCAACGCUUUGACAUUCUACGGCUGUAAAAAGACAGAAGGAAAAACUCGGGAGGAUUCCAAAGAGCAUUGUGGACUUACAUUUUUUUUCUAGUUAUUCCGUUUUUUUUGUUUAUUUUUUUUUCUUUUAUUUAAGAAAAAAAAUUCUCCCGAAAAAUGAAACUUUGGACAUCUCCCUGGGUGUCUUGCCUGGUGAUUCUCCUCCUGUGUUUUGGAUCAGAGUGUGGGACAGUCCGGAGAAAGGGGAGAUCCAAGAGGGAGUUAGUGCGCAUUAGGGAGGCGAAAGCCACCAUCCCAGGGGCUUGUGCCACACGUCUGCCCCGGGGCAAACGCUCUUUGCCCGGCUUGGAGCGACGGGUGCUCCGGCAGCGUCGGCGCUCAUCUCAGGCGGAGGAAAACUCUCCAGACCGGGGGAAAGCUGUCUAUUUUACCGGCAGAGGAGACCAGCUACGGCUGAAGCCCGGCGUGGAGAUACCCCGAGGAAAUUUCACUCUUGAGAUGUGGAUCAAACCGGAGGGAGGUCAACGAUCACCCACAGUGAUUGCAGGCCUUUACGACAAAUGUUUCUACGCCUCCAGUGACAGAGGCUGGCUGCUGGGCAUCCAGGCUGUCAGUGACCAAGGGAAUCGUGACCCCCGCUUCUUCUUCUCCCUCAAAACUGAUCGUGCUCACAAAGUGACCUCCAUCCACUCCAAUGCUCGCUACGUUCCAAACCAAUGGGCACAUGUGGCAGUUACCUAUGAUGGCGUGUACAUGAAGCUCUUCGUCAAUGGCGCCCAAGUUGCCGUCAGUCGGGAGCAAUCAGGAGACGUCUUCAGUCCCUUGACCAAAAAGUGCAAAGUACUGAUGAUUGGGGGAAAUGCACUGAAUCACAAUUACAGGGGGGCAGUGGAGAGAGUGGGUCUAUGGAGGCAGGCCCGAGGGCAGAGGCAUAUUAUCAGGGAUAUGCAGGGCCGGGAGGACCCCCUAGAUCUACCUCAGCUGGUUAUUCGUGAAACAUUCGAACACCCAGGCCGGAAGUGGCUGACUGUCAAAGAUGGUAGCUUUCCUCAGCCUGAGCAAGGAGGAAUUGGACGAUUAGGGUUUCUCAGUGGUGGUGGAGUAGGAAAUUCAGAGGAAUUAUUGGACACAAAACUGGAGCCACCAACUUGUGGUCAAACUGUCUGUGACAAUGUUGAGGUCAUCAAAAACUACAACCAGCUUUGGACCUUCCGUCGGCCCAAGAAAAUAAGGUAUCGAGUCAUAAAUAUUUGGGAUGAUGAGCGGAUGAAGCCAACUGUAUCAGACCACCAGAUUAGCCUGCAGCACCAGCAGCUGAAUGAUGCCUUCAGCCCUUACAACAUCACAUGGGAGCUUAGCAUUCACAAUGUGACCAAUUCCUCCCUUCGAAACCGGUUGAUUCUCGCCAACUGUGAUAUCAGCAAAGUUGGGGAUGAUAAGUGCGACCCAGAAUGCAACCAUCCGCUGACAGGCUAUGAUGCAGGUGAAUGUAUGUCCGGGCACCGGGGCCGUUGUCCUGAGCACAAGCAGGGGAAUGGUGUUUGUGAUCCUGAAUGUAACGUGGAAAACUUCUCCUAUGACCUCGGCGACUGCUGUAAUCCCAAUGUGACGGACGUGACCAAGACGUGCUUCAACCGCUCUUCUCCACACAAAGCCUUUUUGGAUAUAAAAGAGCUGAAAGAGAUUCUACAUUUGGAUGGCUCAACUCACCUGAACGUCUUCUUUGCCAAUUCCUCUGAUGAAGACCUGGCUGGGGUUGCCACUUGGCCCUGGGACAAAGAGGCUCUCACACAUUUGGGUGGAAUUGUUCUGAACCCUUCUUUCUACGGCACAUUCGGUCACACCGACACCAUGGUCCAUGAGAUCGGCCACAGUCUCGGACUUUACCACGUGUUUCGAGGUAUAUCUGAGACUGAGUCGUGUAAUGAUGCCUGUUUGGAGACCGAGCCUUCGAUGGAGACUGGAGAUCUUUGCGCGGACACCAACCCCACGCCAAAAUACAAAGGCUGCCACGACCCCGAACCGGGCAACGAAACCUGCGGCUGUCGGCAAUUCACGCACACGCCAUUUAACAACUACAUGAGUUAUGCAGAUGAUGCCUGUACAGACUCCUUCACACUGAACCAGGUGGCGAGGAUGCACUGCUACCUGGAUCUCAUCUACCAGACCUGGCAACCCGCUUCCAAACCUCCUCCAGUGCCCAUGGCGCCCCAAGUGGUUGAGCAGCACCAUAAUUCCAUCACCCUGGAAUGGUUUCCGCCCAUAUCUGGACACUUUUACGACAGAGAAGUGGGAUCAGUGUGUGAUAAAUGCACUGAGGGGAGAGUUCUGCUGCAGUAUGCCUCCAAUUCCUCGUCCCCAAGACCAUGUGCCCCCUCUGGACACUGGUCCCCCCGAGAGGCUGAAGGUCCUCCAGAUGUGGAGCAAGCUUGUGAGCCCAGUGUCCGCACCUGGAGUCCAAACGCAGGGAUCGAGCAAGGUAUUGUGGGCCUGUCGGAGUGCCCUCUACAGGGCUGCAUGCUCCAACUUGAGUUCCUCUACCCCCUGGUGCCAGAGUCCCUGACUGUGUGGGUCACCUUCUUCUUCAGCCCUGAGGAAACAGCGCUGCCAGCAAUCCAUAACAUCUUGCUACUGACUGUGAGUGGGAACAACAUUUCACUGGGCCCCAGUAACGUCUUCUGCGACACCCCGCUGACUCUGAAGCUGGACAUAGAGGAGGAGGUUUAUGGGGUUCAGUUUUUCACUAUGGAGCAACACCUUGAGAUCGAUGCCACCCUCUUGGCAUCCAAGCCAGACUGCAUACUCUGUAGGCAUUGUCAACCACUACGCUACCGCUUGCUGCGCCAACCGCCAUUCACCCACGCACCACACGGUCUGUUGCUGAAUGAACCUACCCGCCAUUACGCAGACAGGGAUGUGGAACCGCAUGUUGUGUACACCUACCAGGUCCAAACCAUCUCCAGUCGCAGUGAGAGUGUGCUCUCCCCGCCUUUGGUGCACGAAGUUGGGGCACCCUACUGCGGGGAUGGACGCAUCCAGAGGUCCAAAGGAGAAGAGUGUGAUGACAUGAACUCUGUAAAUGGGGAUGGCUGCUCCAGUCAGUGCAAGAAAGAGUCCUUCUUCAACUGUAUUGAGGAGCCCAGCAUGUGCUACUACUACGAUGGUGACGGGGUCUGUGAGGAUUUUGAGCGCGAGACAGGCGUGAGGGACUGUGGCCUCUACACCCCCAAUGGUUUCCUCGACCAGUGGGCCUCCACUGUGGAAGUUUCUCACGAGGAGAAGCCCUACUGCUCUGGUGAGGUGUCUGCUGGGUAUCCUGCUGUCACUAAGACCUGUCAAUCCAAGGUGUUCGAUCUAUCAGAUGGAGUGUCCCAGUACGCCUGGUUCCCCUGUCGUCAGAACCAUGACUCAAACUGGGGGUAUCCCAAUUAUUGGCUCAAGGCACACUUUUCCCACCCCAUGGUGGCGGCAGCAGUGAUCAUACACCUGGCUGCUGAUGGGACCGGCUACAUCGACCAGACUCAGUGUAACAUCACUGUCCAGUUGGUCGACACCAAAGAGGGCAUCCAUAGUCUAGGUGAUUGGCGUCUCAGCUGCCGCACCAACCCCCUGGUGAUCCCAGUGAGCCACGACCUGUCAGUCGCCUUCUACCACACCAAGGCUAUCCUGGUCAUGUUUGCCUCCAGCCUCGUCGCCAUCUCCGGUGUGGGCCUGCGCUCCUUCCAGUCCUUCGACCCCAUCACGAUCAGCGGUUGCCAGAGCAAUGAGAUCUACAACCCAACAGGCCAGAGUUGUGUACAUUAUUCGUGCGAAGCCAUUGACUGCCAGGAACCCUUAAUCCGCAAUGCAGAGCUCAAGUGCAGUAGCCCUGGCCGCCACUUCUACAACGGAGACCGCUGCACCAUCUCCUGCAACUCUGGCUACGUCCUGCAAAUCCACCAGGACGAUGACAUCAUCAAGAGCCAGUCGGACUCUUUAGUGACUAUAACCUGUGCAAACGGAAAGUGGAACAAACAGGUGUCAUGUGAGCCAGUGGAUUGCGGUCUGCCAGACAAAUACCAUGUUCAUCCUGCACAUUUCAACUUCCCUGAGGGCACCACCUACGGCAAGAAGAGCACCUUUCAGUGCAAAGAGCCUGCACAGCUCGUAGGCACGAACAACACUCUUUACUGCCUUGAAGAUGGUCUGUGGUCGUUUCCAGAAGCUCUUUGUGAGCUACGCUGCCCUGCCCCACCUCCUGUACCCAACGCUGUGCUGCAGACCAAGCGCUGCAACGAGGCGGGCCUCAAAGUGGGCACGCUCUGCAAGUACAAGUGCAAGCCGGGCUACCACGUCACCAACAAACCUAAGAGGCGUGCAUUUAAGCGUCAGUGUACCGAGGAUGGCAGCUGGCUAGAGGGUGCAUGCGAGCCGGUGACUUGUGACCCCCCAUCUUCCGUCUUCCACGGCUUCUAUCACUGCACCGACGGCUUCCGCUUCGACAGCGUCUGCAGACUCAACUGCUCUGAUCCUGCCGGUAAUACUGCUAUCGCCGCCACAGGAGGCUCUGCCCAUACGGGGGCAGGGUCCAAUAUGAUCCGCUGUAGGAAGGAUGGGAAUUGGACAGGGUCGUUCCGCCUGUGCCCGCACAGCAAAGGCCAGUGUUCCUUACCUCAAAACCUCCAUUAUAGCCUACAGUACUCAUGCAGAAGAGGACACGGCAUAGGUGAGGAAUGCGAGCUGACUUGCAGAGAGAGCAACAACGACGUGGUGAUCCUCCCUAGCAACAUGACAGUAGAACGUGUACUCAAAGAGCACUGGAGGAACCCUCACAAAGUCAAAAAUAUAGUCUGUACAAUGGGACUGAAAUGGUAUCCACACCCUGGACUGCUCCACUGCCUCAAAGGAUGUGAGCCAUUCAUGGGAGACAACUACUGUGACUCGAUCAACAACAGAGCCUUCUGCAACUAUGAUGGAGGAGACUGCUGCCAAUCCACUGUCAAAACAAAGAAGGUGAUUCCAUUCCCCAUGUCCUGUGACAUACGGGAUGAGUGCUCCUGUCGGGAUCCCAACGCCAUAGAGAACAAAAAGGAUGAACACGUCCAAUCCCUGGGGUGACCAACCUGAGCAGGGACCUCGUUCAACGUCCCAGGAACCCUCGCAUCAACACAACACAGCCAGAGCGGCCGAGGCUGACCCCCGUCCUCCUCCUACCUUCAUCCUCCUUCUCGGCCUCCAAUUUCCUGCACAUGCUGCUUAACCUCUCCAUCCAUACUGCAACCCCAACCAGCUGAAAAUAUGUCUGCCUCCACAUCACAGGAAGAUCUAGAAUAGAGGCCGGGACUCAUGAGACUCCACAGAAAACAUCAUUUCUCAGCUUAAAGGAAAGUAACCCUGCAAUAUCAUCAUUAAAAAAAACAUAUAUAGCAAAGAGAAAAAAAUACAUGAAACAGACUUUUUUUCUGAAAGAGUAAGAAAACAAACAAACAAAAAACAAAAACAUAACCAAGCCUAGGUAGCAUGCCUUUUGUUCAGUUUUGUGCUUGCUUCAGUGUCUAUUUUAGUGACCUCACUCUAACAAUCACGUGAUUGAACCAAAGGUAAAACAAAAUGUGCAAAGUGGGGGAUUGUGUUGGUGUUGGCUCCGUGUUUAGCAAAUAUGAAGAAAAGCAAACUUUAAAGGUAAUACUCAGACACUUUGAAGGCAUGUUAAACACCUUUUCAGAGGGGCUAAGAGUUAUGUGCUUACAUCAUUCCUGGUUUCAAACUGGUCAGACAUUCUGUAUCUCUACGUCCUUUUCAGUCGAGUGUGUUUCUUCAUAGGCACAUCAGAGGUUAUAUAGAGGUUAUUCCGAGCUUGGUGGGGAAUGAGACAGCCAUAUUGUUAAGUUUCAAGCCACAGAUUCAACACAAAAGCCAAUUUCAAAUACACUCACAAACACAUGCAAAAAUGUCAACUAAGACUCAAUAUCCGAAGAUGAUUUUAUACGUAGAGAGCGUUAUUCAAACAUUUUUUUAGCAUGGCUUUCUGCUACUGUGUUUGCUGCUAUUCGCCAUAUUCACAUCAUAAUAACUGUCGGAUGUCACUGUCCGCCUUGCUGCUUACAGUACCUCUUUAUAGCAUCCAUUCACGAUUGCAUGUUAGUUCAUAAUACUUCCAGAGAAAACAUGUCGAUGCACUAAUGACUUUAAAAACCCAGAACCUCACUAUAAGUCCCCAAACUACCCAAGAAAAAUACAACACACAUUGACCACGACUUAAAGAAUGUUGAAAAUCGAUAACACCUCACCUUAGGGUUGGGGUCGAUUUUACUUUCAGUUUGAACUCCUCCCUCAUGGCGCAUGUUACCUCGAGCGCUGAUUCAAAAAAACGUUUCAACUGGAAAUAAAAUGAUCCCUUCCCUGCUCAGAAUGUAGUCAAUGCUUGUCAGGAGUCUGUGGCUUUUUUUUCUCUCUCUGAGUGCACAGUUCUCCAUAGCACAGUCACACAAGAGUACAGAAGUAAAAGGGCUGGAUAGAGGCCAUGGCUCUUACGCAGAAUGACUCCACACACAUAACCCUCGUUCUCUCACCUCAAAGUAGUUUGGACUCUUAGCUGUAGCUUUGCAGGCAACAUGAAAAUGACAUUUGGAUGUAUAUGUCAACACAACAUGAUCAAAAGUCUCUAUUAUCUCUACUGGGUGUCGUGAGGUAAUCAAUUUAACCAUAAGUCUGUACUCAAAGUGCACUUCCAAUGAGCACUUUUUCCAGUAUUGUGAACUUGGGUGUCCAUCCCCACCAAUAAACUUCUUUAGAUUUUAUGGCUGCUAUAAUAGCUUUUUAUUUUGUUACUCUUCAUUCCAGACACAUAAAACACAAGUUUUCCUCAUGCACAUUAAAUAAUGAAGGCUGCUUGGCGUAUUGGUCCAGAUUCUGCUGCUCUUAUUUGGCUGCAUCCACCGUCGCGGUAACAAUCAGCAUGAUCAUUUCACUCGGGCCAAUGGCACAGUCCCUCUGACUCAUAUUAGGCUGCUAUAGCAUUCCAGAUCAUUCUCAGACAUCUUUGGACUCAACAAGCUGCACAAGUGGCAACGUAAGACCAAUAUAAUGACAUUUUAGUGAAGAACGUAGACGAAACAAAAACAUGCAGAGAAAGUGUGAAGGUAUUAUUUUCCACCUCUUUUUCAAAAGAAAAUAUCAUAACUAUUAUUAUAUGUUCUGUUUGGACAGAGGCGUUGAUUUUUUUGUUUUCAUGUAUUUCCUUUUUUUUUUUUAAACAAAUGUCAUAUUUAAUCAGUGUUUGUAUUAUUGACCUCAGUUACUGCACUUUUUUAGUUUCCAUGUAAGAAGAAAAAGUAUAUCUUUCAAAAAAAAAAUGUUUAGAAGCUGCUAUUGUCCGAAUGGUGACCUGAAACAAACUGUAUGAUAUUCGGUCCUUUAACUCCCUGUGUCGCUAUUAGCUUUCCUGUUGUUGGUUUUUAUUUGUAUCUUACUCCUCUGUGAUCUAAACUGGCUUUUGCUUUCGAUGUCAUCAAUCAUGUAGGGAGGUAUUGUCGCUAUGAACCAUCCAUCCACACAGGCCCAAUGAUCAAUUUAUUUUUAUUAACACCGCACCAAAUCAUGACAACAUGUUCCCCUUGAACCUUUACAAAGAGAACAUAUCCAGACAGUACUCUUUCAAAGGACACAGACACCAAUUAUCAAUCCACCAAUAAGGAAGCUCUUAGCAAAGGACUUUCACAGGCAGAAAACUUGUGCAAGGGCGGACUCAUUGGUGGACAGUCAUCUGCACAAUACAAUAUUUAAAGGCAAAGUUUUUUGAAAAGGUCUUGAAGACAGCAUUUUAUUUGUUUGGUCCUGAUGUGUGUAUACUACAUUGUCUUAGGUUGUGUAUGCUCAUUUUGAAGGAGAAACCUGUAGUAGGUGAAUAGGAAGGAAGAGCUUUAAUGAAGGAUUAUACUGAAAAUUGUAGGACCUCCUAAAGGCUACAUCGUCUUUAAAUGAAAACAUAUAUCGCUUACGUUGAAAAUAAAACAGACUAUAUUAUUUUAAUAUUAUCACAACAUUCACAUUGUAACUCCAGAUUCUGCUGCUUUACAUAGAAAUGUUCCCAUCAGAGAGAGACUGACCUGCAAUCACUUCCUUGCGCCAAUCACAAGCAGUACUGUAGUUUAUCAAACGCCAAUGAGGUCACUGGAAAGCCACUCAUAGCUGUUCAAACGGAUGGAUCUGAAAUCAGUCUCCUGAUCUUUUCCUUUCAUUCUUCCCCCAAAAAAGGAGUUAUGACUAACCUAGAAAUAUUCUCUUCAACAAUUACUCGUAUCAUCAGUCAAUGUCUGGAUUCCAAAACGACUCAUACUAUCAGAAAGGCUACAGAAUGUCUGCACGUCAACUUGAAAAAUUAUGUUCUCAAUAUUGAAGAAGGCACCCAUAAGCCAUAUCGAAACAAAGAUAUUCAUGGGAGGAAGUUUAAGAUUACGCAUUGGAUGAGGACAUCACCUCUCUACUGUAGUCAUCACAGGAUCCCUUGCUGUACCUCAUGCCUGUAAUGUUUGCUGCUUCUAUAUUUUUGGUAUUUUAGUGACAUUUUUGCGUCUCAUAACAAUGGUGUAAAUAGUAGAACUAUUUAUUGAGAGUGUUAUACUUUUUUAAGUUAUAUUUAAUGUCCAUGUAAGUUAUUUUUUACAUUGUUCGUAUAAACAAAAAAAAACAUCCUCGGUUGUGAGGCAUUCUGUCUCUGUCAUCGUCACGUUGCUCAUUGCUUUAGAUCGCUGCGAAAAAAGCAAUGAUCGGGAAUGCAGAACACUUCAGGCUCACAACCGUGCAAGACCUUAUCUCAUUGGUCAUUAAGUGUAGAUGGACACUGCUUGCAUCCAAUGAGGAUUCAACACAAUGUUACUGAGUGCAGUGUAUCUUCUUUUCCCUUUAAAACCAGAAUGUAAAGUUUUUUAUUUUCUUAUUUUUUUAAAAUGCACACAUUAGCCAUAUGUUCAAGAGGUUGUGAAAAGAGAACCAAGUAUACGAUGUUCAAGUGCAUAAAUCCAUAGUAUAAUAAAAGUUCUUGAUUGAGAAAUGUAAGGCACACAGUGUAUACGUAGACAGCCAGCUGAUCAUGGGCAAAGAGAGGGAUCAAAAAAACAGAAGACAAAGUCAGAGCGGAGGUCAUACGGCCGCUGGUGGUGCCACAGAUAGAGUGUUCAUGGACUGAGGGGCUGGAAGUAGGAGGCUGAUCUGGGAUGGGUGGGCUGCUUUUCCUGGCCUGUCGAGCUAUUUGUCCAGGUGUGAAAAUGUGUACUCACAGAGGCUGCCCCUGGGCAAAGGGUGGCCGCCACUGACUGGCAACAAGCCGAGGCCAAUGAGUCAGACUUUCUCCCUGGAGGUGGCAGCCGUCCCUCUCUGGGACUCCCGCCCCCCCUCCCACCUCCUACCUCCACCUCCCCACUCCUCGACACACUGCCUCAUCUGUCACUGUCAGGUAAGCCUGCGCAGGGCUGCCAGGGUCAAGCUGGCCCUGUGAAAACGAAGAGAGGAUGUUUGCCCAGCUUAUGGAGCCUUUUGAAGUUAGGCUGAAGGAACACAGCUCUGCUCACCUCAGAGCCUACGCUUAUCACCUAAUAUGAUUUGUCUCGCAGCCUUUUUUUGACAGGCUUUGAUACCUCCCCACAUUCUCUACCAACAGUCGCUCCUUUGUUUCUAAUUUAACACCUGGUUGUUGCAUUUGCUCGUCUAAAAAUGGCAGAAACUUUGUAGUGUCAACGUCAUUACAAAGCGAUGGGGAGGGUAAGAAGGAGUGGCUGAAGCCCUCAUGUUUUUUGCUCAGAUCAUUGUGGAGAAUAAUACUGAUGUGCCAUCUUGUUGUAAGACAUUUUCUUUGUGUAUUGUAACACAUGAAGUACCUCUCACAGGCCUCUGGUUAUAGAAUGGUCCACCUAUGUCUGUUUCCUAAUCUCUCAAUAAAUAAAAAAGGUGAAUUGUCCCUUUUUUUUCUAAGUGGGAAGUACAAAAAAGUGUAUUUACAUAUUAUAUGGAUAUCUAGUGGUAUUACUGCAAUGUUUCGUACCCGAUUGCUCAACAAAUAUAUUUUAAGAUGUAAAUAAUAAUAUUAUAUGAUGAUUGUAUUUGCAAACCAUGUACUAACUGUUUGGGAGUAGCUCUUGGAUUGAUUUUUAUCAUAACUAUAUACAAAGAGAUGAACCGUGAAUAUGUUGUGCAUUGUGUCAAAGUAUCACCUGCAAGACAGAAAAAAAGACAAAAAAAAAAAAGACCUGUGAUGCUUUACCACACCACUCGCUGUCAGCAUUUAUUUGUUCAUAAUGGCUUAGUACAAGCACUGUUGUCAGUUGUCUAAACCAUGAAGUUAUCCAUAAUAAAGAGUCAUAAAUUAUUUAUUUGUUGCCAAGGUGAAUAAAAUCAUAACGGUCAUUUCUGGGUCUUUGGAGUCAGUUGAACUCAAAAACCGAACUUGACUGAUCUUUGAGGAGUUUGUUUUCAAAUUUGUCUGGCACCAACCGACAGCUUUCGUUUCUUCUUCCUCACUCCAUACUGUAUAUUGUCGAGUCUUAACCCAACGCCUUUGUGUUUGCUGAGAAUUUCACCAACACUGUAAAGGUAGCCAUCGGACUCAGAAGUCCCUCCCUCCCUCUGAUGGCCUCCUCCUCCUCUCUCUCUUUUGGUUCUUAUACAGUAUGCACUUUUUCAGGCACAUAUACAACACAUUGGACUUUUUUUAUGUUACAGUUGAUGUUUCUCUCUUGUUUUUUCACAGUUGCAAUUAUAUAUAUUUUUUGGUGCUCUGGUACAUGGCAAAACAUGUCUGAUGUGUACUAUAUUUUCAUAAGGAAGAGUCAUAAAGAUGAGUAUCAUGUUCAUUUUGCUGUCAUUUAUUGUGUAGAAAUAAAACACUGGUUAAAGUGAA